UUCAAGCUCUGGCAUUCCCCUGUGCUGCGGUUUUCUUGCAGGUAAUACAUACCGUAAAAUCUUACAACUUCUUAGUUGUGUGUGGUCUUGCGUCGCCCCUUCUGUAUCCCAACCUUAGAGUCCCGAAUGCAUAUGAAGCAGAAUGGACAUCAAUUAUGCGUUGUGUUCUGUUUUUCGUGGGCAUAAGCCACGCAACUGCCAAACUGAACUUCGUAUCAAACUCACAACUUCUCUUCACUAGUUUGUCUUUUGCAAUUGGAAUAUGGUGGUUAUUUGAUCGAUCUGCAGCUGGGGCCGCUAUUGGAGUCUUAAUAUCGCUCUUGGGAACUACGAGUUGCUUUCUCCUCGGAGACCAAAUCAUCAUUAAUUCUGUUGAUCCGCUACUUUCUUUGUGGUUCCCGUGCAUCUUUUUUUCGGGUGGAAUCACCGCUUCACUUGUUGGCCGACAAUUGGCAAAAUCUGAUGUACUCGACUCCUUUAAAAUUAAGGCGGAGUGA